GCUGGCCCAGAGGGUCCCCAACACAGACCGGCUGGUGAGUGCUCCAAGAGCUGCCCUAUUGGGAUGAGACCAGUCCCAGGGAUGAACUAAGACUGCCCACAGCCCUUGGAUUACUCAUGGCACUGAAGAGGAGGAGUAGACAGAGCACCAGCUGUGCCUGGCAGAGAGGCUGGAGUUUCUGGUUUCCAGGAUCAGGAGGACUUGAGCCAGGGGAGGGGCCUCCAGGCAGGGGCCGGGCCCCAGUCAGCUAUGCAAGGCUGCGCAAGCAGAGGCAGCCCAGAACACGGAGAAGAUCCCAAUGGGCUCCUGAAAAUCAGGAAGGGACACGGCUCUCAUCACCUCCACCCUACUCCAACUCCAGGAUUGUCGCACUGUUUGCCAUUCUGAAGCCCCUGCUUAUCCUGCACCCCAGAUGGAAGCUCUUCUUGGAGUGAAGCUGGGCUGCAUGUUUGCCCUGCUGCUGCUCACUGUGGUCUGUGGCCUCGUGCCCAUCUACUUCAAAUGGUUCAAGAUUGAUGCGGCCACAGGUAGAGCCCUACCACCUCUGGGUCCCCAUGGCUGGCUCUGAUUCUCUGCUGUCCCUGUCCUGGUCGCCACCGCCGGGUGCUCAGCCUCCUGGGCUGCACUUCUGCUGGUGUGUUCCUGGGAGCAGGGUUCAUGCACAUGACCGCCGAAGCCCUGGAGAGAAUCGAAUCUGAGAUCCAGAAGUUCCUGAUUCAGAACAGUACAGCAAGCGAGGGAAAUUCAGAGGCUGCUGAUUCUGCAGAGAUGGAGUACCCCUAUGGAGAGCUCAUCAUCUGCCUGGGCUUCUUUCUAGUCUUCCUUUUGGAGUCAUUGGCAUUGCAGUAUUGCCCAGGGGCAGCUGGAGGAGCCACCCUGCAGGAGGAGGAGUGUGGGGGAGCUCAUGUCUUGCAAAUCCACAACCAUGGACCUCCGCCCUCGCCCUCCCGGGGUCCCCUGAGGGCCCUGGUCCUCCUGCUCUCCCUCUCCUUUCACUCUGUGUUUGAAGGACUGGCCGUGGGGCUCCAGCCAACGGUAGCAAUGACGGUGCAGCUCUGCCUGGCAGUCCUGGCUCACAAGGGGCUGGUGGUGUUCGGUGUUGGCCUGCGCCUGGUGCAGAUAGGGGCCAGGGCCCGGUGGGCUGUGGUCUCCAUUGUGUCAUUAGCGCUCAUGUCGCCCCUGGGCCUAGCGAUAGGGCUGGCUGUGGCUCAGGGGGACACGCAAGGGGGCCGAGGCCUAGCCCAGGCAGUCCUAGAGGGUGUGGCAGCUGGCACCUUCCUUUAUGUCACCUUCCUCGAAAUUCUGCCCCGGGAGCUGGCUUCUCCUGAGAGUCCUCUGGCCAAAUGGGGCUGUGUGGUUGCCGGAUUCACCUUCAUGGCCUUCAUCGCCCUGUGGGCCUGA